AUGGCCGCAGAAGAUGAGAUCCGACCCAGCACUAGAAAGUCAAACGCCCUUUGUGAAUUCCAUCAGGAGCGAGGUCACAAAACCGAAGACUGCAUCGCCUUAAGACAGGAGGUCGUCAACAUGCUCCAUGAAGGACACCUGAAAGAAUUGAUGAGCGACCGAGGGAAGGCCAAUUUCGCCCAUGGACGGGAACAGCACCAGGGUCCGCCCAAACCACCCUCCCCAGCUGGAACCAUACAAAUGACUACGAGAGGAAGCGGCGACAUAUCCAUCAACAACGUAAAGUUCACCACCACCCACAAAUUGAAAAGGUCGAUCACUUACGAACGGUAUGACGCACUCGAAGAAAGUAUCAUCUUCGAUAAGACAGAUACCCGCGGUUUGGCUUUCCCUCAUUACGAAGCUCUUGUCAUUACUCUACUUAUCUUAAACACUGAUGUAAAACGUAUUAUGGUUGAUGACGGAAGCGGCGCGUGCAUCAUCCAUCCAGGGGUCCUCACUCAAAUGAAACUCGAGGAUAGGAUAGUGCCCCGCUGCAUCACACUGACAUGUUUUAACAAUGCAGUUGAGCAGACCUCGGGAGAAAUCACAUUGCCCGUCCUGGCCAGUGGCGUUACGUUGGAAUCCACACUCCACCUCAUAGAUUAA